CAUGCACCUCCAUUGUGUACAAAAUUAAAUUAUUGAAUGUUGGUAGAGAGUGGACCAUCAAGACAGAUUCCAUAGCCAAUUGGGUUAGCUGUCAGGUAGGCAAGUUCAACUCAAACUCGGACGGUCAAAGUCAAGACGCGUAUUCCUCCUUGGAACACUAACAGCGAUUCCAACUCCUCCCUUCCUGUAUUGGGUUGAUUUCUCUGCGGCUGGCGGGCGGGCGGGCGGGCAAGCGCUUCUAUUUUUUUCUUCCAACCGGAAGACAAAUAUCUGUCCUUCCCGAAACCCUAUCACCGAUCUAUCCGCUUCGACUCUCCGCGUAGAUUUGAAUCGCUGGGAGGAAAAAGGGGAGAGGCGGUGGAGAUGAAGCAGGAUGGAGGGUUUGUGUCCGAUGAAUUGUUGGGUACGUUCGUGCCCAUAGCGGUGUACUGGAUGUAUUCAGGUCUAUAUCUGAUGCUCGGAGGAUGGGAGAAUUACAGGCUGCAUUCUAAGAAGGAUGAAGACCAGAAGAACUUGGUCUCCAAGAAAGAUGUCGUCAAAGGUGUCCUCCUCCAGCAGGCCGUGCAAGCUUUCGUUGCCACCAUCCUCUUUGCGGUGACGGGGAGUGACAGUGUGGAAGCUACAGAGCAGCAGACAUCACUCCUUGUUCUUGCCCGCCAAUUCAUCAUCGCAAUGGCAGUACUCGACACGUGGCAAUACUUCAUGCACAGGUACAUGCAUCAAAACAAGUUCCUCUACAAACACAUUCACUCUCAACACCACCGUCUCGUGGUCCCCUAUGCUUUCGGGGCUCUGUACAACCACCCGCUCGAGGGCCUGAUCCUUGACACCAUUGGCGGCGCUUUGGCCUUCCUCGCCUCAGGCAUGUCCCCGCGCACCUCAACCUUUUUCUUCUCUUUUGCCACCAUCAAGACUGUCGACGACCACUGUGGGCUGUGGUUGCCGGGGAAUCUUUUCCACAUCUUUUUCAACAACAACUCUGCUUACCACGACAUUCAUCACCAGCUUUUUGGAACAAAAUAUAAUUACUCCCAGCCGUUCUUUGUGACCUGGGACAGAUUACUCGGGACCUACAUGCCAUACACGAUAGAGCCAAGGGAGGGUGGGGGUUUUGAAGCCAGGCCUCCUACUACUAGCAAGGAUUGCAA